CCUCCUGCUGUCUGUGUGUUUUUGCAGCAUGUUGUGACGUCAGCGGUAGUGAUCUUGAAUGCGCCUCUGUUUCUCUGUGAGACAUUCAGAGUCAGCAGUCGCGUGCUCGUUUCGGAUGCGCUUCGUGGAGAAAAUCUAGGCGCAGAAGACGGAUGCGAUGCUGCUUCUCAGACGCUGUCACGGCCUGACUCGCUUUGGCCGUCCACACUUUCAAAGGCGUCAUCUGGCCCCUGCAGUGUUAUCUCACGCCCGUCUCUGCAGCUCCAAGGAUAACAAAUCCGACUGGCAUUUCAGCGGUUUCUGCUGGAGGCAUGGGUUGGCGGGGCUGCUGGCUGGCGCUGGGGCUGUCAUCGCUUUUGGCCUACAGCGGCACAAGGCUGACCAGCCGGCGGCUGCAGCUCAAACCACAGAGAGUAUCUCCGCUCUUCCCGUCUUCAGCCAGGAGGAAGUUUCAAAGCACCGGUCUCUGAGCGAUGGGGUGUGGGUCACAUACCGAGGAGGCGUCUAUGACAUCACAGAGUUUGUGGCCAUGCAUCCCGGCGGGGAGAAGAUCCUGCUGGCAGCAGGUGGUGCCCUCGAACCUUUUUGGGCGCUGUAUGCUGUUCACAACCAGGAGCACGUGCUGGAAAUCCUCUCUGAGUAUAAGGUUGGAGAGCUCUGCAUAGAGGACUUGAAGAAGCAGGAACCCGCUGAAUCGUCUGACCCGUACUCGUCUGACCCGGAGCGCCACCCUGUGCUGCGCAUCAACAGCCACAAGCCUUUCAACGCGGAGCCUCCUCCUGAGAUCCUGACGGACAGUUACAUCACUCCCUCUGCUGUCUUCUUCAAAAGGAACCACCUGCCGGUUCCUCAAGUGGACCCGGCUUCCUACCAGCUGCAAGUUGAGGGACUUCCAGGUGGAGGAGUGACGUUUUCCUUAGAAGACUUGAAAACCCGGUUUCCUAAACACGACGUGACCGCCACGGUGCAGUGUGCUGGCAACCGGCGGUCUGAGAUGGAUCGCGUGAAGCAGGUGAAAGGACUGAGCUGGGGGAUCGCCGCCAUCAGCAAUGCCAAGUGGAGCGGCGCCAGACUCAGGGACGUGCUGCUGGCUGCAGGGUACGGGCCGGACGUGGCGCAGUGGGCUCGCCACGUUCACUUUGAAGGGUUGGACAAAGACGUGACGGGCGCUGCUUAUGGAGCCUCCAUCCCUUUAAAUAAGGCCGUAAGUGAGGAGGGAGACGUCCUUCUGGCUUAUGAAAUGAACGGUGAAAAGAUUCCCCCCGACCACGGCUUCCCGGUGAGGGUGGUGGUGCCGGGCGUGGUGGGGGCUCGCAGUGUGAAGUGGGUGGGGAAGAUCGUGGUGAGUGCAGAGGAGAGCAGCAGCCACUGGCAGCAGAACGACUACAAAGGUUUCUCCCCUGGAACAGACUGGGACACGGUGGAUUAUAAAUCCGCUCCAGCUAUCCAGGAGCUGCCCGUUCAGUCUGCCAUCACCUUGCCAGCAGAUGGCGCUCUGAUCGACAGCAGCGACGGCUCCUUGACCGUGAAGGGCUACGCGUGGAGCGGCGGGGGUAGAGAGGUGGUGCGGGUGGACGUCUCUCUGGACGGAGGCCAGACGUGGCAGGUGGCGGAGCUGAAGAGCGGCGACGAGGGCCAGGCCCCCAAGCCGCCGCCUCCACCCGGCCGGGCCUGGGCCUGGAAGCUGUGGGAGCUCACGGCUCCGCUUCCCCCUCAGGUUCAAGAACUGGAGAUCAUCUGCAAGGCGGUGGACAGCAGCUACAACGUUCAGCCGGAGACGUUCGCUCCCAUCUGGAACCUGAGGGGCGUGCUGAGCAACGCCUGGCACCGAGUGACGGUGAAGAUCACAGAGGACUGAAGGUGACCUCAUAAAACGACUUUUUAUUGAGUCUAUCAUAAACUGAACUGUUCGGAUGAGGAAUCAGGAAGUGUUUCUACUCAUCAUUCCUGAAUUAGAAGCUCGUAGCUACAAGUAAACUGGACGUGAUGAGUUCUCCAGAUGAGGUGAUUCACUUUUUAGAGAGGAAAUCCUAUUUUUGUAGCUGCACACAUUCUGUGAAAUGUUAGUUUUAUGAUCAAUAUGCAAGAAAGUUUUAGAAACUGACUUUUUUUUAUUUCCAAAGUGUAAGGAAGCUGAGAAGUGAAGCUGAAACUGGAUUACAUAAAUUGAUCAUUCGAACAGCAGCAGUUUGUAAUGAAGAAGCUUUAAAUCUACAAACCUUAAACAAGGAAAAGGGGAUUUUCUUAUAUUUUCAGCUAUUUUCCUUCAUCUGCACAUCAGAUGCAAACUGAAUUGUGUUGCUGGUACAUUUCAGUUUGUUUUAAUGUCAAUAAUCAUGAAUUUCCAGUUGGAAAACGGUGUUUAUUAGAUCUUAAUGGUUUCAUUUUGCUGCACAAACUGGUGUCAAGUGUAGGAGUUUUUUAAAGUACAUUUUGUUUACAAUAACCUACUUUUACUUUCAUGGUGCUUCAACUAACGAGAUUUCAAACGUUAAUAGAGAUUAUUUCUAGAUAAACGGAGAAGUCAAACAUGGAAAUUGACUUUUUGUUUUGUGAAACAUGAGAUUUAGAUUUGAGGAGUUUAUUUUUUUUUAAUGAGAAGGAAGUGCAAACAACUGCAGCUUUGGUUCAGAGUAAAAAAAGAAAUGAGGUAAUGACAGGAAACUGCUGAGUUAGCAUUUAGCAGCCAAAGCUAACCUGCCUGGUCAUGUUCACAUGUUGAUGCUAACUGCUUCACAUCAGAGUGAGGAGGAAACAUUUCAUUAUGCGUACAAAUCAAACUUCUAUGACACUUUUUAACAAAUACUAAUAUAUUUAUGAGAGGUUAAUAAAAUAAAAUGUUAGCUAAUUUAUUUUUUGGAUGGUGCAGGUAUCUCUGUUUUUAUUUGGAACCUGUUGAAAAAGAUUUAGUGGUAAAAGCGUAAGGAGAAAAGAUUUUAUUCAAAGUUGGAGAAGUUUUUUUAAUGUUUAAAAUGAUGUAUAAAUACAUGCAAAGUAUUUCAAGUUUCUGAAUGAACCUGCAGAGUGUAAUAAAUGUUGCUGAAAGUUCUUAAAAA